UUCCCCCGAAUUCUUUGUUUUCGUCUUUCAAGUCUCUACUUAAUUGUACUCCCAGUUUCCCACCGUUUGGUUCUUGUGCAGCUCGCUGCAACCGUCACCGUCAACCGCUGCUACUUUCCGGUUUCAAGAGUUGAGGGUUGCUGGAGAAUUGGAGAACACUAUUAUCUAUUGAUAGGGAUACUGGAAUUUAUCAUGAGACAGAGUGCUUCUAUAGAAUGAAUGUCAGCAACCCCGUUGAGUACUGAAGGUAAGGAUGGUGCUUGCAGCUACUUCUCAGCACUCUACAGUCGAGAUUCCUUGUUUACAAAGAGUGGAUUUAUUUCAUAACAGAAAGGACACUACUUCUGGUUUUGUCCAUUGUGCUAAUGUGAAACCAUGUCAGUCCGAAUUAGCUUCUCUAUUAAAAUAUAGCCAUGCAUGUCAAUUUUGGUUACGAAGUCCUAGAUUUUGUUCUAGGAGAGAUAACUUCCGGUUAAACAGCCGAGCUCUGCAUGGUAAUGCUAAUGUCUGCAUUAAUGAUGUCGAUGAGAUUAGACAACAGAGACAUACAACUGGUGCACAGAAGAAUUCUAGACAAAUUAGUUUAAAGAAGCCUGAUUCAUUGUUAGAAGGACCCUUUGUUGAGAACAGUGAGCUUAAAAACAAUUAUAUUCUUCAAAAAUACUGCAGCUUUGGAAAGCUAUUUGAAGCAACUAGGUUGGUAGAGGUCAUGGCCCGUCAAAGUCAAAUUCCUUACUUCCCUUCUUGUAUUAAUUUGAUACGCGGUCUCAUUAAACAAAACCAGGUUGAGAAAGCAGCAAAGGUCUUGCAAAUUGUGGUAAUGUCUGGUGGUGUUCCGGAUGUUAUCACAUACAACAUGUUGAUUGGGGGAUUGUGCAAGCGUGGGGAUUUGAACUCUGCCAUUGAAUACUUGGAAGAUAUGAGCUUAAGUGGCUGCUUACCAGAUGCAAUCACAUAUAACACAAUCAUCAGGAGUUUCUUUAAUAGGGGCAAGUUUGAUCAGGCUAUUUCAUUUUGGAAGGACCAACUUAGAAAGGGAUGUCCUCCUUAUACUAUCACAUAUACAAUCUUGCUAGAUUUAGUUAUGCAACAUUGUGGGUUAGUAAGAGCUCUUGGGGUGUUGAAUGAUUUUGCUGUUGAAGGCUGUUAUCCUGAUCUAGUUACCUACAAUUCACUGAUAAACUCUAGUAGUAAAAAAGGAAAUUUCAAAGAAAUGGCUUUGGUGAUGCAUAGUCUAGGUUCUCAUGGUUUGGAGCCAAAUUCUGUGACUUACAACACUGUACUUCAUGCUAUAUGUAGCCAUGGUCAUUGGGCUGAAGCGGAUGACAUUUUGUCAAUCAUGAAUCAAACUUCUCAUCAUCCAAGAGUUGUUACAUAUAAUAUCUUAAUCAAUGGUUUGUGUAAGCAUGGGCUCCUGGAUCGUGCCAUAGAUUUUCUUGAUCAAAUGGUUAGCAAAAACCUUUCCCCAGAUAUAAUCACAUACAAUACCCUAUUAGCAGCCAUCUGCAAAGAAGGAAUGUUGGAUGAGGCUCUUUGCAUUAUUAGGCUUUUAAGUGAUAGAAAUUGCUCUCCUGGCUUGAUUACUUAUAACAUUGUCAUGGAUGGUUUGGCUAAGAAGGGUUCUAUGGAGAAAGCAAUGCAGGUGUAUAAUGAAAUGACCGAUAAGGGAAUUGUUCCAGAUGAUAUAACUCAUCGUUGUCUAGUCUGGGGCUUUUGCCGGGCAGAUAAACACGAUGAGUGUAUGGAGGUAUUAAGGGAGAUGAAUAGAAGAAACCACAAGAUUCAAAACAGGUUUUACAGGUUUAUUAUUCCGGAGUUGUGCAGAAAUGAGAAGCUGGAUAUUGCUAUACAAGCUCUAGAAAUCAUGAUCUCCAACCAGAUCAAGCCAGAUGAAACUGUUUACACCAAUUUAAUUAGAGGAGUAGCUGCUUAUGGUAUGAUUGAAGAAGCACAUGAACUGUCUUCUAAGCUAGUUGAAUGGGGAAUUCUAAGAGAAGGUGUAAAGCUGAAUUGAAAGGCAAAUUUUGACUUCUUCAACAUUCUGAUUGAGCAUCUUUUUAUCUUAUAUCUCCUGGUUCGAGACCGAGUAUAAAGCGAUCUUGAACUUGUGCCAUCAAAAGGAUUCCGGGCAAUCUUCAUGCGGCUAAUUUUUGUAAUUGGACAAUUAUGAUGAUAUGAAUGCAAAGAAGGUACUCUGAGCUCUGUAAUAUAGGGAAGGCAAUUAGGGAAUAGUUCAGUCGUGUAUAUUGUCAUCUGGGUUUUUUUUGUUCUUUUUGGGUUGUGCCUCAAAAUUUUGUUAUAACAUUCAUAGUUGCUGCAUAUUUCUAAAGACAAAGAAAGAUGAUUCUUGCAAAAAUCUGUUUUCUUUCUUUCCUUUUUUUUUUUUUUUUUUUUUUUUUGGGUAAUAAUAA